CGGCAGCAGUAAACUGGAGGCUGCAGCGACUCGCAAAGGCGCGCUCCUGGCAGUGCUUGCCAUCCCAGGUGACUUGGGCUUGCCAGGUCUGCUGGCCCAGGGUCCCCAACCCAGCACGCUCCCGUCCCGGGCUCCGGCGCCCACCAGCCCUGCUGCCCUCUCCCGCCUCUCCACACCCCCCACCAGAUUGCGGGAAGGGAGGUCGCGGCAGCGGCCCGGCAGCACCGGCGACCGUGGCGACAGCUGCAACAGUGGCGGCGGCAGUGGCGGCGGCGGCUGCAGCGGCGGCAGAGGCUGCGGCGGCGACCGUGGCAGAGGCGGUGGCGGAGGCCUCGGUAGCAGAGACGGAAACAGAAGUGGAGACUGAGGUGGAGGCCGAAGCCUCAGUAGAGGAGGCAGUGGCAGAGGCCACCCUGGGGGAGGCGGCAGCCGCCCUGGCCAGGGAAGAGGCAGAGGCCGCUCUGGCCGCAGCAACCCUGGCGCUGGCGGAGGCCAGUGCCGAUGAAGCCUCUACAGCAGGAGAGGCUGAGGUGCCUGCGUUGGACGAGAAGGAUGCUGCUGAGGAUUCGGACGCGGAGGCGGAGGCGGAGGCGGUGGCAGCGGUGGCGGCGGCGGCGGCGGCCGCGGCGGCGGCGGCGGCGGCGGCUGCAGCCACCGCGGAUGCGGAGACAGGCGGGGGCUCCGAAGAGAGCCCAGACUUUCCUAUGGCCUCGUUGUACGUAGGAGACCUGCACCCUGAGGUGACAGAGGCAAUGCUGUACGAGAAGUUCAGCCCCGCAGGGCCUAUCCUCUCUAUCCGCAUUUGCAGAGACAAGAUCACCCACCGCUCCUUGGGCUACGCAUAUGUCAACUACCAGCAACCGGUGGAUGCCAAGCGGGCCCUGGAGACCCUGAACUUUGAUGUCAUCAAGGGCAGGCCAGUGCGCAUCAUGUGGUCCCAGCGGGACCCCUCGCUGCGCAGGAGCGGGGUGGGCAAUGUCUUCAUCAAGAACCUGGGCAAGACCAUCGACAACAAGGCUCUGUACAACAUCUUCUCGGCGUUCGGCAACAUCCUCUCCUGCAAAGUGGCCUGUGACGAAAAGGGGCCCAAGGGCUACGGUUUCGUGCACUUCCAGAAGCAGGAGUCCGCUGAGCGGGCCAUCGAUGCAAUGAAUGGCAUGUUCCUGAACUACCGGAAAAUCUUCGUUGGGAGAUUCAAGUCCCAUAAAGAACGAGAGGCUGAAAGGGGAGCUUGGGCCAGGCAGUCCACCAGUGCUGACGUCAAAGAUUUCGACGAAGACACCGACGAGGAGGCCACCCUGCGAUGAAGACAUCCCAGGAGCGAGCCAGCCAGCAGAGCCAAACCUUGGCUCCGACCCGGUUUACAACCCGCUCUUUGUCCCCCUAACCCACCAGCAGUGUAUUGUAUUGAGAGUGCAGCGCUCUCGCUCGCGCUCUCUCUCUCCCUCCUUCCCUCCCUCUC